UGUCUACAACAGAAGCAACAUGAAGAAAUACACACAAAAAGGCACAACAAUCAGUAUUAAAUUCGCUUGCCCAAGUUGUCGCGACACAUUUAACACUGUUUCAGAACUCGCGCAUCACGUCGACAAUAACCAUGUAAAAAGAGCGCCAUUGCUUGAAAACCUAUCUCCUAAAGACAAACGAUGGGUCCUGGAUGGUCACGAUAUUUCAAACCAAUUCCAUGAAUAUCGCCGAUCUUGUAUUACUGCGUCGCGUACAGCUGAAUUUGCCGUCGAAAGCCAUUUCAACGAGCUUUUGCUAUGUCUGGUAUCCUUGUCUUGCAGCGACGGAGCAAUUAUGAAGAUUUGCCAACCAACAUUUUUCCACCCUCCUUAUUGACAGCAGCGCGCACUGAAAUACUGUCCAAGUACAAGCGCAACACAUUCCAACCGCACGUUAGAUCAGCAGUUCAAUCGAUUAUUCAGCAGUUUGUGGAUGAAAACAUCACGGAAACACGAGCCAAAAUCGAGCUUCUCUCACUUUGCGAGCCAGUUGUUACUCCCUUGCCACAAGAUUCCAUUGAACCAACAGAAUAUGAAUGUGCAAUUAUCAUGGCAAUAGUGGCCUUACUCUCGUACCUAUACGACUGUGACAUGAAGCCACUCUCUGAAGCACACCUGAAUUCCAGCUACGUCCAUCCAUUUAUGCAUGGUCUUCUGUCAGCAAAAAAGCCCGCAAAGGUUGCGCAUUGCUCGAACAUAAUCCCAGAAGAGUUUGACGAUGCUGUCGAUCGACCAGAUUACAAAAUUGAUGUGUAUGCAUCUUCUGGAUACCGGUUCUCGUACACCAACGCCUAUGGAGAGGUCAAAAAGAGCAGCAAUGUUUCAGUUACACUGCUUGCCAAAGAUUUCUAUCGGUUGUGCAUCUUUAGCAAAGAAGCAAUUGAUCAGUACAAUUUGAGAAAUGUCCUGUCCUUCCAAGUUACAGCCAACUCAGUCACGUUUUUUACGAUGCAAUUGGAAUUUCCAUUCUUAUACACUGUCACAGAAUUGGUUCGGUUGCGUAUUCCAACGAAGAAAUGUGAUCUCCUGGAUCUGAUGGGACAUAUGGACAACUUGCUUUUUGUUGCGUCAUUGUACCAAGACCAUUGUGUGAUUAGCGAAAAUGAUCUGUCGCCUUGGCGCUGUGAUACACUGUCGAGCGCGUAUUUGGACGUGAUCAAAAACAAAUUGGCACCAAGGAAACGAACCUGUAACUUGACUCUUGACGCUUGAAUGUUGGCCGUAUACCCACCCUAUCAAUCUUUGUAUUUUCCCUAUUCCCACCAGUGAUUUUCCUUUGUUAUCGUGUUUUACUUGCUCGCUCUUUGUUGGAUUUACCCAUCCUUCCCAUUUCCCUUAUCUACAAUUUCCCUUUAUACAGCAUUUGUCUGCUAUUGAUAUGAAUACACAACAGUCUCAAAAAAAAAUUGGCUUGCUCAUGUUUUUUGCUCAUGUUUUCUAUUGGCUUACAGAUUGCUGUGCCCGUUUUUAUAAUUUUUCUUUGUUAAGGCACUUAUCAAAGCAUUUAGCAGAAUGAGAA